AUGACUAGCCUUACCUACACACUCGAUGAAAUCGAAGGCCCUUUCGAAGUUGAUUACGCAGCAGUGACAGUACACAACUUCCUGGUGGGGAGCGUGUACCGUUCUUGUUCACGAUCAAGCAGCUCGUGGCAUCGCAGAGGAUACUUUGGUCCCAAGUCGAUCCCUUCAGCAUUCACCCAAGGCCACGUUGGAAAUAAAUCUGAUCAAUAUCAAGGCUAUGACAAUGCGGUUGCAUUACCUGCUAGAGGAAACAAUGAGGAGCUAGCUAAGGAGAACAACAAGAUCACACUUAGUGUAACAAAGAGUAAUCCCGAGAGCGGUGAAGUGAUUGGUGCUUUCGAGAGUAUUCAACCUUCAGACACUGAUUUGGGUGCUACGACUCCUAAGGAUGUCAAGAUUCAAGGAAUCUGGUAUUGCCAACUUGAUGAAUAA